CUAUCCUUGGAUAUAAGUUAGCAAAAACCGUAGUGCCAUGGAUUUAUUGCAACUUUUUAGGACCAAUGCUGAAACCAAAAAUUAAUUUUAAAUCUAUGGGAAAAUGGGCCGUUGUCACCGGUGCUACCGAUGGUGUUGGCAAAGCAUACGCUAUGGCAUUAGCCAAAGAAGGAAUGGAUAUAGUACUUAUAAGCAGAACUAUGUCGAAGUUGGAGAGCGUUGCCAAAGAAAUAGAGACUGCAACAAAUGUUCAAACUAAAGUGAUACAAGCAGAUUUUACUGGAGGAUCAGAAAUAUUCGAUUCCAUUGAAAAGCAGUUACUCGGUUUAGAAAUCGGUGUUUUGAUAAACAAUGUUGGAAUGAGCUACCCAUAUCCUGAAUAUUUUCUGAAUAUUAAAGACGGAGGAAAAUUGUUUACGGAUAUUGUACACUGUAAUGUGCAUUCUGUGACUGGAAUGUGUCGGGUAGUAAUGCCCGCAAUGGUCGAGAGAAAGAAGGGAGUUGUUAUUAAUAUUUCGUCAACUGCUGCCUUAAUUCCCAGUCCGAUGUUGGCCGUUUAUGCUGCUUCUAAGGCGUUCAUUGAAAAAUUCUCGACUGACUUGGCCAGCGAAUACGCUUCUGACAAUAUCAUCAUCCAAAGUGUCGCACCAGGUUACGUGGCAACCAAUAUGAGCAAAAUCAAAAAAUCUGCCUGGAUGGCUCCAAGUCCGGCAACAUUUGUAGACAGCGCCUUGAAAACAGUUGGAGUCACCUCACACACAACUGGAUAUUACCCACAUGCAUUACUUGUGGCAACUGUGGCUAUGCUAAAAAGCAUAUGCACGCCGAUGGCAGUCAAAAUUAUCAUGGGGCAAAUGAGAAAUAUCAGGUCUAGAGCUCUCAAACGAGUCGAAGUAAAAUAGAUUUUAUAAAUAAUGUUAUUUAUCAUA